AUGGAUGCCAGCAUAAAGCACAGGCACUCUGAAACAACUUAUACGUUCGUUACACCACCGGCCGAUGCCUCUAUUGAGGUGCUAAAUGAAUUCUACUGGACAAACGAGGCAGAGCCCCAUGUACUUCGGAGAAAACAAAUACUCGCAAAGCAUCCAGAAGUGACCAAGCUCACGGGGUACGAGCCGAAAACGAAAUGGUACGUUUGUCUCGUGGUGCUACUCCAAUGUCUCGUUGCUUUCUAUUUGAAAGAGACGCCUAUCUUGUCGUGGAAAUUUUUCAUCUUGUCCUACGUGAUUGGUGCAACUGCCAACCAGGCCAUCUUUUUAGCUAUCCACGAGCUUAGCCACAACUUGCUUUUCAAAAAGCCAUUCCACAACAAGAUGUUCGCCAUUUUCACUAAUAUUCCGAUUGGAAUUCCAUACUCGGCAUCGUUCCAGCCGUACCACCAAUUGCACCAUAAAUUCAUGGGCGACGAGUACUUGGAUGCCGAUUUGCCAACAAAGUGGGAAAGCAUCAUCUUGUCCAAUUUGCUCGGCAAGGUUUUCUUUGCAACGUGCCAGAUUUUCUUCUAUGCAUUGAGGCCCAUGUUCAUCACGCAAAUCAAAUUCACCUAUAUCCAUUUGCUCAAUAUCAUUGGCCAAGUUGUGUUUGACUAUGCAUGGAUCCAGUAUGUUGGGCUCAACAGCUUCAUGUAUUUCCUCCUAAGUUCCUUUUUGGCAGGUUCGUUGCACCCGUGCGCAGGACACUUUAUAGCUGAGCACUAUGUGCUCAACGAAAACAACACGGCGAGAAAGAGCGAAAUCGUGGAUGGUUCAAACGUGAUCCCGGUUCCGCCAGAGACUUAUUCGUACUAUGGAUCCUUGAACUUGGUCACUUGGAACGUUGGAUACCACAACGAGCACCACGACUUCCCUUAUAUUGCGUGGACGAAACUUCCCGAGUUGAAACGAAUCGCGCCAGAGUUUUAUGAGCCUUUACCGCAAGUCAAGAGCUGGUGCGGAGUCAUAUGGUGGUUUAUUUUCAACGAUGUCAACUUAUUAUGGAAUCGAGUCAAGAGACGUGGUAAAGAAAAACACGGACACAAGAUAGAUAAGCUUGAUCAAAACCAAGCAUAA